UGACCGGGCGAGGCGAAGCCAAAGGCAGAAGUUGUGUGCAACGAGGAGGAGGAGAAGGUGUCGGUGGGAGCCCGGCGCAUCCCUUUCAUGCUCGGAGGAUGCCGUCGGAUAAAUCCAUCUCGGAUCCUUCGGUCUUCCAGUUUACCAACUGCUGGAUUUUGAAGAACCACGAACUGCAAAGGGAGGACCUGUGGGUGAGAGAUGGCAAGAUCCUAAACCCAGAGAAGCUGUUCUUCGAUGAGAAGAAGGCUGCGGAUGUCCAACUGGACUGCAAGGGCAGCAUUGUCGCUCCCGGCUUCAUUGAUGUCCAAAUCAACGGAGGUUUUGGAGUGGAUUUUUCCCUGGCCACUGAUGAUGUGGGAGCAGGAAUCUCCCUGGUUGGCCAGAAGAUACUGUCCCAUGGAGUGACCUCUUUCUGCCCAACCCUGGUGACCUCCCCACCAUCUGUAUACCACCAGGUUCUGCCUCAGAUCUGUGUGAAAAAUGGAGGGGUUCACGGAGCUGGCAUCCUGGGAGUUCAUCUGGAAGGUCCGUUCAUCAGCAAGGAAAAGAAGGGGGCUCAUCCUGAGCACUACCUUCGCACUUACGAGACAGGAGCCUUCCAGGAACUGCUUGCCACGUAUGGGCAGCUGGACUGUGUCCGCAUCGUCACCCUGGCACCCGAGAUGGAAAGGAGCGGCGAGGUGAUCCGAGAGCUUACCAAGAGGGGGAUCUGUGUGUCGCUAGGACACUCCGUGGCCAACCUGUCUCAGGCCGAGGAAGCCGUUCGGCACGGGGCUACCUUCAUCACGCAUCUCUUCAACGCCAUGUUACCUUUCCACCAUCGGGAUCCCGGAAUCGUGGGACUCCUGACAAGCGACCGGAUUCCCCCGGGCCAGCAAGUGUUCUACGGCAUGAUAUCCGACGGGAUCCACACGAAUCCCGCCGCUCUGCGAAUCGCGCACCGAGCUCACCCUAAAGGGCUGGUCCUGGUGACGGAUGCCAUCACUGCAAUGGGUCUUGCCCCAGGUAGGCACACAUUGGGCCAACAGGUGAUUGAAGUGGACGGCCUGAACACCUACAUUGCAGGGACUAAAACUCUGAGCGGUAGUAUUGCGACCAUGGACACGUGCGUUCGACACUUCAGGGACGCCACAGGGUGCUCCGUAGAAACAGCGCUGGAAGCUGCUUCUCUCCAUCCAGCCCAGCUCUUGAAAAUCGAGGACAGGAAGGGCACCCUGGAUUAUGACAGUGACGCAGAUUUCCUGCUGCUGGACGACAGCCUCCACGUCCAGGCUACGUACAUUGCCGGACGCCAGGUUUGGAGACGCGGCAGUUUUGUUAUCUGAAACCGGAGCCGAGACUGAGACUGGCAGCCCUUGAAGAUUCGGAAGCCGAGAGCGGAUUGGAGCCAACCCUGCAGCCCCUUUCUUCCAAAGGCCUUCCGCCUCUCCCGCUCUCUCUUCCUUUUUUGCUUCCUUUUCCCCUCGCUCCUGUGACCCCCUGGAAAGAGUGGCAUUCAACAAAUAGGGCCGGGGGAGGCAGCCCAGGCUUCUGUUCGCAAGCUGCAUCCUCCGCGGAGUCUUGUGUUUCCAAGAGGCUGAGGUGGAAGACUUACUCCUCACCCCAUGCCAGAAUCCUGCCUGGCUGUCCCUUCAGGCCUUUCCUGCAGAGAUAAAGGAAGCUUCUCCUGUUCACUGUGUGAACGCAAGGGCCUGGGACAUAUAGCACCACUGAAUGAACAAACCUGCCACCAGAGAGGGCAGCUCCUGCCAUUUUCUUCCUAUAGUGCCUCUCUUUCUUGGCCUUUCACCGACACACCUCUUGUUGCUGGCAUGGCGCCUUUUGUUUGACUAUCAUCUGCCUUAUCUAUCACAAUUAAAGCCAGCUAGGUUAUUUGAUGUA